AGCAUCUCCGGAGUGCCAGCGAGGAGGCACUCACGGCCCUUGGCGGGUGGCGGCUCCGUCUCAGUGUCAGUGCCAGACAGUCCGCGGCCGGUGCUGCAAGGGAGCCUCCGUUGACUGUGCCAUACUCAGCCCACGAGCUCCAACAACCCAGGCAGCCCAACAUCCAGAUUCGGGCAGACAACAAGGCUCCGAGGCCCCGGCAGACCAUAGCACUACCCUCCACGCCCUCCACGUGAAGUAGCAUCCCUCCACCAUGCGCCCCAACGACCUGCGGUGGUGCGCGGCCCUCGUGUUGGUGGCGGUGAGCAUCGCGGCGGCGCAGGAGAACUUGGCGCGGCCCGUCGACACCAGCGUGGCCCGCAAACACGGCAGCGGCGUCGUCACCAACCACGGCAAGAGGUAUGGAGGCUCAGCGCGGAACGACGUGACAGUGAGGCGGUACGGAGCCACGCCCCCCGUCAACGGCCACGGCGCCAACGUUCACGACGGACACCGUAUGAUCACCCGCGCGCUGUGGAGGAUCUUCGACGCCCUCAUGCAGAAGAAGGACCACUCGCAACUCUACGGGCGUAUGGGCUUCGUCGAGGAGGCGCUCAAGAAGAUGAUCUCCGUCGACUCGCAGCUGGAAGGCGAGAUCGAUAAACUGAAGGAGGACAUGCAAGUGUGUAUGAGCCAGCUGACCACGGUGAUGGAAGAGCUCGGGCGCCUCAAGACGGUCAAUGCGCGUCUGGAAUUCCUGGAGCAGUCACGUCCGGAGCUGCUGGAACAGGGCGACCAGGAGCACGCCGUUUGGGGGUCUGCAGCUGCCGCCUACUCCACCUGCCCGGCGCCCUUCACACGUAAGGACUCCGAGUGCUUCUAUCUGGCACAGGACGAGAUGCUGGGAUGGGAGGACGCCAGGCGGGAGUGCGGGCGGCUUGGCGGUGACCUAGCCUCCCCACGCAACCUCUCUGUGCUACGGGAAUUCCUCACAGGCGUCCCCGAGCCUCCUGAGUACCUGUGGGUGGGUGGAUCCAAGCAGGACGAAGGGACGUGGGUGUGGUCAUCAGGUCCCCAGGCUGGCGUGCCCAUCGACAUGAGCAAGAACACCUGGAACGAGGAGGUCCCCAGCGGCUCCGGGAAGUGCAUGGGACUGUUCGGCCAGAGCUCCUACCGCGCCUACAACUAUGACUGCAAGGAGAGGGACUACUUCGUGUGCCAGUACAUGUUCUAGGCCGUCGCCGGCACCGCCUUGCGGGCUGACUAGAGCUCAAGCCUCCAGAACCUUGCCUAUUUCAGUGCAGCUUGUUCCGCCCAUGUAAAACUAUCACAUGGCGAUCUAAAAUUAAACAGUUAUUCAAUGAAGUCAUUAUCAGCAAAAUAAUGAGUUUGCAAUAAGAUAUACUGAAGUGUUGAAACAAAAUUAACCCCGGGAAGUCCACCGCCCCGCGUUUGUGUACCCCCGCUCACCGCUGGCACCACCCUGCGCCGGGGCCUCCUCGGCAAGUGUUAUCCAGGAACAUACGGAAGGGAAGAAGUUGAUAUAAUAUGCCAAACUUUUUGCCCCCAAAGUCUGGAUCCUGAAGCACCAAACACUGGUCCCCCCUGCAGGUGAGGUAGGGGCAGCGCCCCGUCGACGGCCAAAUAAUCAUCAGGUUUUGAGGGCGGCGCUUGCUGGUAGGGAAAAUAAAGUUGUGUUUUACAUAAAAUCACCUCUAACACAUAUUAAGGUUAAGGCCAUCGCUUUCAGCCGUAGCCGUUAGUCAUAGCAGUUGUUGGCAACCAGCCUGCCACGCACAAUGCAACCAUUUCUCCAUUGUUCAUAGUCAGUCUAUUUAUUAUAAACGUCGCUGGAAUAUAUUGUGGAAACAAAAUUUUCCCUAACAAACAUUCGAAUAGAAUACUAACGAGGGGAGAGGAAGAGCCCUGCCCAGGGCAGCCCCGCUCCCGCCCCUCCAGGCCCACGGCAGGCCCCGCGCAGGCAGCCUCCUCUUGAGGGGAGCCAAGCCCUGCGGAGGAGGGAGCAAGGAGAGCGCAUGCCGAGCCGCCCCUCGGCGCGGCUGCCCGGCCCGCCCCGGCCCGCCGCGGCCCGCCUCCCGUGUACGUGUACGUGUACCUGGCCUGAUGUGCAGAGACACUUGAGGCUUAACUCUAGACGUGUUUGUUGUUCUGUCUAAAUUCGAUAAUAUAUGCUUUACUUUUAUACAGUUAAUCAUAGUUUUAUAAAAAUUAAUAGGGACUAUAGUUUUGUUUAAAUUUGUCUGUUAAGGUUUAAUUUAAGGAAUAAUUUCACUCACUCCACACACACAUACACACACAAAUACGCACACACACACACACACACACACACACACACACACACACACACACACACACACACACACACACA